GAUCGGCCGCCAGCAUGUUCAACAUAUUACACCUGGCUGCACUCAGUGUGCUCGCAGGUACGGCAGCGACCCUGGAUUUUACCGGUUCAGGUGAAUUGAACAUCAAGUCCUGCCCCAUCACCUACUUCGGACAGAAAUAUGACAAAGUAUAUGUGAGCUUCAAUGCCAGCAUAGUGAAUGUUUGCUUCAAUGGCCAGUACCAAUCUGGAAUCAAGGACGACUGCAUCCUGGUACCUGGAGGAGCGGCUGUCAGUGGUAGCCUGUCGAUAAUAUGGUAUAAUUUCCCACUUGGAUCUAAUGUCCAUAAAGCGCUACCGAGCAUUAAAUACGCUGCGACAUGUUUCAUCAAGAUUGGCAUUUCUCAAAGUCUAACCCGAGAGAUUCAAAUAAUUGAACUGUUCAAUUUUGAGCCACAAGCGGCUCUGGUAUUGUGGACAUUUUCUGAAUUCAGUGCUUCUCAUAUCGAAGCAGACGUGCAGGUCAAUGGCCUCACAGUCUCUAAACCGAGAUUCACUAAAGCUGAAGCAAGAGCCGGUGGAUACUCAGACCUAAGCAGUUGUAGAAGCUCUGGCGUUGUUUAUAAGACAAACACGACAGGUCUGGACCCAAGCAUCUGCUCCACUAUCUCCUGUGAUGUGGUUGGAGUUGCGACUGCUGUCAGUGUCUGUGGUCCCAAGGAGCCCUGCAAUGGAAAGGGCAGCUGCAUCACAAACAACGUGUGCACCGUGAUCGGCUCCUCGGUCGUCGGUUUCGCUGGGCAGGUCCAGGCUGUGCCGGACCGCUGUGGCUACACUCUGUUCAGGUCCACAUCCGUCCCCGGCUUCCAGGUGGUGGGCGUCUUCCAGGAGAGACGCCGGAAAGACGUCAGCUUCUUGAAACGUGUGAUCCUGCAGCUGGACGCAGGGGGAGUUCAGAUCUCUCUGGAACAAGGGAGUCGAGCUCUGCUUGACACCAGAGAGCUCAGACUCAACACCACAGCGAUGGUGGUCCAUGGGUGGGAGCUCACCAAGGACCAGACUGGAGUGACGGCUAAGAUGUCAGCCUCCAACUUCACAGUUUCUGUCCACUUCGAUGGCUCCAUCGCUCUCAUCCACUUGACAGGUCCAAAUGGACACGACGCUCACGGGUUCUGUGGAAACUCCAGUCGGACUGUGAGGGAUGAGAAGGUUUCCUCACACAGUGACACCGGCUGUGACAAGCAGUAUAAAGAGGCUGCGGACCCGUCUAUCAACUGCAGCACCUCCACUGACUGGUGUAACCUCCUGAAGCAGGCUCCCUUUACUGCUUGCAACAUGGAACACGACCCAGAACCCUUCAUUACUGCCUGCACACAAACGCUGUGUAAAUACCCUGAAGGGGAUGGUCUCAAGUGCCAGUUCCUGGAGGCGUACGCCAGAACCUGCAGCCUCUCCAACAUCACAGUGGAGGAAUGGAAGUCAGAGACCCGAUGCUCUGCUUUCUAUCAGGGCGUCUGUCAGGACACGUUCUGCAGUGAUCACGAGUUCUGUGGGCAGAAGAACAACGGGGGAACCGGCUGCGUCUGCCGGGCCAUGUUCGCCUCCAAGUACAACCCAACCGGCACCUUUGGAGAGCCAAUGGUCUGCGAGCAGAACGCUGCUAAGCUGACUAUGGCUAAAUGUCUCCUGGAGGACAAAGGCAUCGACUUCUCUGUCUUACAUCUCAAUGACGAGGCCUGCAAAGGUGAAAUGGACAAUGAGACCCACAUGGUGACGUUCGGCUUUGACAGGAAGAAAGCCUGUGGAGCAGUGAUCCUGGCAAACAACAGCCAGAUCCUCUACAAGAACACCAUCGUGAACCGGAACAGCUCCAUGUACGGCAUUAUCAACCGUCAGGACUCGGUUCAUCUGGACUUCUCAUGUCUUUACGAUCAGCCGGACAUCAGGACCUUUACCUUCACACUCAAAGACAGCUCCGUCACCCAGCAGAUCACCUCUGGACGCUGGAUUUACAAUCUCACCAUGAAGGCCUUCAAGGACCCUAGCUUCAAGGAAGCCUUACAACUACGUACUGAAAUGCAACUGGACGAGAAGCUGUGGGUGGAGCUGAGCACUGAUGGGCUGGAUGAUGAAAUGGUUGCAGUGGUGACGGACUCCUGCUGGGCGACCGACCAGCCCAGCCCGAACGGAACCCUGAGAUAUGACCUCAUCAUCAAAGGCUGCCCUAACCCCGCUGACUCCACGGUGAAGGUGAAGAACAACGGACAGGGAACAUCCAACAGUUUCUCCUUCAACGCGUUCCAGUUCUCUGGACAGGAUGGUGAGGUCUUCUUGCACUGCAGAGUGACGCUGUGUGUCAAGAAGGGUAGCAACUGCAUCCCGAGAUGUGGGCUGGGUCAGAGAAGACGCAGGUCCAUCAUGUCAAAGGAUGAGGAUGAAAACCCUGCCUUCAUCAAACUGGCCUGGACUUAUUGAGUUUCCAUGGAGGCUCAGAACGGCCGAAGCUCAGGAAGAGUCAUGGAUCUUUCUACAGAUCUAUAAUGGCUCAUGAAAUAUUCAUACAUAAUUAAACAUGAAGCAACCAGACGUCCAUGCUGAUCCUCUCUAAGCUGGGAAUACGUUGGGUCUUGAUUCGGGGGUUUCUGGGUUGUUUUUCCUGUCGGGUGUAAAUGAUUUUCUGCAGCAGAGGUAUGGAAGAUAUCCUCAGCUGAAUGUGUGGGCGGGGCUUCCUUAGGGCUCUACAGACUAUACAGACUAAUGGGCUAUAAGGUUUUAUAGAGAUGCGGCUGGUGACAGCGCCACCAUGUGGUUAGAGAUGGGGUCGAUCCUCCUGUAGAGCUUUGGUAUGAUUUUGAAAUCCAAGAAGAACUUCAACCUGUUUAGAAUAAAAGUCAGGUUCCUUUACCUUUAUAAUGAAAGUGUAUAAUCAA